UCUCGCCUCUCCUCUUCUUCUUCCUCCUCUGCUCCGCGGCGCCGCGGCUCCCAUGCCCCGCGCGCCGAAACCCUAGCCGACGACCCCAAACCCCGUGAUGCCACCGAGGCCCUCCCUCCAGUCGCUCCUACUCAUGGCCGCCUCCACCGCCGGCGCCGGGGGCUGCGGGGGGUUCCUCCCCGUCGGUCGCCGCCGCCUCCCCGCCGUGGCGGUCGCCGCGGGGGGAGGCCACCGUAUCCGGCUGCUCCACUCCUUCGCCGCGGGUCGAGGACUCCCCGCGGCGGGCCACGAGGUGGCCUGCUGCGCCAGGACCGCCCCCGUGGCGCGGCCCGCCGGCCCCGUCGCCAUUCGCUCCAGGGGCGUUCAUUCAGCGGGGGACCACAAAAAGAGUUGUGAGCAGCGACUUGGGCAGUUAAUUGAGAAACUGAAGAAGGAAGGAAUAAAUCCAAAUAAAUGGAAGCUUGGUACUCAACAACGGAUGAUCUGCCCAAUGUGCAAUGGGGGAUCUACUGAGGAACAAAGCCUCAGUGUUUUUAUCAGAAUGGAUGGGAAAGAUGCAGUAUGGCAAUGUUUUAGAUCUAAUUGUGGUUGGAAGGGAAAUGUCAAGCCUGAUGGUGUUUCCAAGAUUUCACAAGCCAAAAAUGGCACAGAAUGUGAAACUGACCAGGAUGGUGAAGCUAAUCUGCCAGUCAAUAAGGUUUACAGAAAAAUUUGUGAGGAGGACCUCCAUCUUGAGCCACUUUGUGAUGAGCUUGUAACAUACUUCUCAGAGAGAAUGAUAUCGCCAGAAACACUUCGUAGGAACAGCGUAAUGCAGCGUAACUGGAGUAAUAAGAUAGUUAUUGCUUUCACCUAUCGACGUGAUGGAGUACUCGUUGGCUGCAAAUAUAGGGAAGUCUCUAAGAAAUUUUCACAGGAAGCAAACACAGAGAAAAUUUUAUAUGGUCUGGAUGAUAUAAAGCGAGCUCGGGAUAUUAUCAUUGUUGAGGGUGAAAUCGAUAAGCUCUCCAUGGAAGAAGCUGGUUACCGUAACUGUGUCAGUGUACCAGAUGGUGCACCACCACAAGUAUCCAGCAAGCUCCCAGAUAAAGAACAGGAUAAGAAGUACCAAUAUCUGUGGAAUUGCAAAGAUUAUCUUGACUCGGCAUCUAGGAUAAUUCUGGCAACAGAUGCUGAUCAUCCAGGGCAGGCCCUGGCUGAGGAACUCGCUCGUCGUCUUGGUAAAGAAAGAUGUUGGAGGGUCAACUGGCCAAAGAAGAAUGAGACAGAUAUUUGCAAAGACGCAAAUGAGGUACUGAUGUUUUUAGGACCACAAGCAUUGAAAAAGGUUAUAGAUAAUGCAGAACUGUAUCCUAUAAGAGGCCUUUUCUCCUUCAAAGAUUUCUUCCCUGAGAUUGAUAAUUAUUAUCUUGGAAUCCGUGGGGAUGAGCUUGGUGUUCCUACUGGAUGGAAUUCUAUGGAUGAGCUUUACAAGGUUGUUCCUGGGGAGUUAACUGUAGUAACAGGAGUGCCGAAUUCUGGUAAAAGUGAGUGGAUUGAUGCCUUGCUGUGCAAUAUAAAUGACCAGGUUGGGUGGAAAUUCGUUUUGUGCUCAAUGGAAAACAAGGUCAGGGAACAUGCUAGGAAGCUCUUAGAGAAGCGCAUUAAGAAACCAUUCUUUGAUGCUAGAUAUGGAGGCUCUGCAGAAAGAAUGAGUAUAGAGGAAUUUGAAGAAGGCAAACAAUGGCUGAAUGAAACAUUCCAUCUGAUCCGGUGUGAAGAUGAUUGUCUUCCAUCCAUUAAUUGGGUUCUCGAGCUUGCUAAAGCUGCAGUUCUAAGAUAUGGAGUGCGUGGUCUUGUGAUUGAUCCAUAUAAUGAACUUGAUCACCAACGCCCCUCUAAUCAAACUGAAACAGAAUAUGUCAGUCAGAUGCUUACCAAGAUUAAGCGCUUUGCUCAACACCAUUCCUGUCAUGUUUGGUUUGUUGCCCACCCUAGACAGCUUCAUAACUGGAAUGGUGGUCCACCUAAUAUGUAUGACAUCAGUGGAAGCGCACAUUUUAUAAACAAAUGUGAUAAUGGAAUUGUCAUCCACCGAAAUAGGGACCCAAACAGUGGCCCUGUUGAUGUGGUUCAGGUUUGUGUGAGGAAAGUGCGGAACAAAGUAAUUGGACAAAUAGGAGAUGCUUUCUUGUCAUAUGACCGGGUUAGUGGUGAGUUCAGGGAUGCAGAUAAAGAUACUGUAGCAAAGGCUACUGUUGCAGCCGCUAAUGCAGCGAAAGCCCCACACAGAAAAGGAUAAAUACCCUGCUGAUUUCACUUACUCACUGACCGACCGGAACAAGGUGGAGGGAUAUUGUUAUUGAUGCUGCGUUUUGCUGUAUAAUGGAGAUCACGGCUAACUUCAUACAGUGGAGCUGACUGAUCAGCCAUUUUUUUUCUGCGAGAAGACCCUUUUGGAGGUCAACUGUCUGCUGCAGAAUUUGGUGGAAGACGGCUAACCUUGUUCACAUGGCCUACAAGAUAUUAGUUUGGUAAUGUAUAUCAAAGAUUCAAUUGUAGUUAAUUUUACAUCAGGUGCUAUGAACAUUUAGUGGUGGGUUCUAUCAGUAGGAAAACUUCAUCGGUUGGAUUACAUCAUGUACUCCUAUGCCCUUCCAAAAGUUGUAGUUGCUGGAAGGGCGUUUAUUAAUACAUGAGAUGUAAUUUAUUCCAGUCCUCCGUAUCCAUGAUCUUAAGGCAAUGCUUUUUUUACCCAAAUUGUGGAGUCUUGAGAUUCUUCUACCAUCAAAACACAUGCAAACCAAACCAAGCCAUCAGAGCCAUGUGGUGAUCUCAACCCCCAUCAAAGCUUGCAAGCAAAGCUGCAACCAGCUGGAGGUGGAGUGCUGGACACUCGAGCAAAGGGCAAAGCUGUGGCUGGCAAUGCCAUCUGGAACGGCGCAUUGCCCCCCUUCAGUUGCAGCUGGUAUGGGGCCAGUGCACACUUUUGUCCUUGCCUCCAUCGCUUCUCGUUACAUAGAACAAUCUCCUUUUUCCAGCUCGCAAAUGCAAUUAAACAGUGGUGUUUAGUUGUCAAAAUUUUUUGUAAAAACAUCACAUCGAACGUUUAACCGGAUGUCGGAAGGGGUUUU